UCAACUCCACGCAGUCGACAUCACGACCAACCAAGCUCAAGCUUGCAGAACCGCGCUCGACCAGCAUUGAGCGGCUCAAUCGACGACGUCCACUGCUCCGUUUCGACAGCGACUCCCACAGGUGAGACUGCUUUCGACUUCGAAGCCGAGUUACCACCCACCUGCGACCCGUCGCAUUGACACCCGUCCCGGCGUGCUCAGAACAGAUAAAAUGGCUGGCGGACCUAUCGGCAACGGCCUCCGGCCUCACGUCCCUGGCAUCUACAGAUACACUGCUACCGCCCUCGGUGCGAGCAUGUGGUUCUUCCUGAUGUACCGGGCGAAGAAGGAUGGUGCCGUCCUUAUGGGCUGGAAGCACCCUUGGGACCACUGAAUACGACGACUGUACCGUUUGCGACUCCCGAGCGAGGUCUAGUCAACAACAAGGCCUGUCGAUGACGACGGGGUAUCUAUUACAGCAGGCGAAAUCGCAGAAGACAGAUAGAAGGGCUCGGCUCAGGUCAUCCGAUCGAGGCACAGAUUAUGUCAAUAUACUACGGCGUUGGACUUCAUUUCACGAAAAAAAUCAAAGCAGAUUACUUCACAUGCA